AUGAGGUCUUUCAUGCUUGGGGAAACUUCGGCGUUGCUGCAAUGCGAAGAGGGCUGUCGCAGUUGCUACGCUGCAGAAGGAUCGCAGGAGUCUGAGCGUGACACCGGAGAUCCGACGAGCCUUUGUGCAUGGGCAUCGAGUCUCAGAGAAUGGGCAUCCAGAAGAGCCGCCGAGUUUCAAACACAGAUCUCCCAGCUGUUUAGCUGGGCAUCCAAGGAGGUGCAGCCCUACCUCGAGCUGGUGUGGAAGUGUUGCAUCUUCUACCUGGACUUGGCUUUAGACGUGCAAGCGAUCGUCUUCUUCAUGAGCUCUCAUGAGUUUCAGUUUGGACUUGUGAAUCUGCUUGGCAUCUUGCUCUCCAAUGUGUACACCUUUAUUGACAUGAGGCUGGUUGUGGAGACAACAGGAGCAGAGGCGUCGGAAGCUCUCACAGCCGGGUACCUCGUGCCUUUCAAUUUGCACUACCUGUAUCUCACUGGAGUGACCUGGGCGUCCUGGCGUAGAGAGGAGCAGGCACCUUUGGUGAAGGGGAAGCAUCCACUUCUUCAUUGCAGCAGGUUGGCGGAAGCCUUGAUGGAGGCGUCCAUCUCUUCUCUGGUACAGUCGUAUGCUCUUGCCCACCAUGAGAUCUCGCAAAAGACGGCAUACUUCAACUUCACGCAAGAGCAGAUCGUCUACUUCUCUUUGGCAUUCUCCUUUGGCAACAUGGGUUUUGCUUUGAUGGGCUUCGAUUCUGCAGAGGGACUUCAUCACCUGCCAGGCACAAGCAGAAGCUAUGCCGUGAAACUCCUCGUGCUCGUGAUGCGGGUGGCCGAGGUUAGCUCGAGGAUCACCAGCAUCGCUUUGUUCAGCGUUUGCACACGCGGCCUGAUUCCCCUUGAGUUUGCGGACAGCUGGCCGCAGCCGCUCCAGUUUCUUUGCAAGAGCUUCCUUCUGACCGCGGGCCCUUGUUUGGUUCUGCUGGACUUCCUGGUUCUUAUCGUCUGGAUUUGGGCGAGCGGUGGUGACAUCGCGAAAGCCUUUCUCAGUGUUCUGUGCUGCAUGAACCCCUUGUUGGAGAAGGGCAAUCCCUUCACAGUGCAGGUGGACUUGUACUAUGCAAUGCGGCUUGUGGAGUUUCUUCUUGCAGCUGUCGGUGUGUACUGUUGGGUCGCUGACGCCGAACCGGUGAUUAAAGCUCUUGAAGGAAACCUUCUGCUACUGCGUGUUUGCUUGGCUUCCACGCUCCUUUCAGUCUUUCUGCUUCCCAUUGUGCGCUACUUGGCAGAGCCGGCCCUCUUGCAAGAGGAGAUCUUGACCGAGUGGAGUGUGAAGCCCUUUCUGGAGCCUCAGAAGCGCCUCCUGAAAGCCUUGAUCUGCAAAAACCCCGACGUCCUCCGACAGAAGGUCAAGGCAGUGAUCAGGAAGUCGGGCACUGAGGCGGGCACAGAGGAAGCCAGCUUGGGGUCAUUCUUCCAGACCUGCGUGAAUCUCAAGGGCAGCCUCUCAGAUCUAGAAGGCCGCCGCUUUUUGGUGGGGCAGUUGGAGCAGGUCUUGCAGGGUAAGAAGGUCACGCCGCAAAAGAUGCUUGCGGAGCCAGAACAUCUGCAGUGUGUGCUUGAAAUCCUGGCGACACGCACAUCCAAAGAAGAGGGGAAGCCCCACGAUGACGCCGCAGCGCAGAUCGGCGAAGAGGAGUUGCAGCAGCGUCGGCUUGAGAUCCUCCUGAAACUAGGCCAAGCCUACUGGAAAGGUCGGAGCCGCAAGAACCCAGAAGAUUUCAAGAAACUGCUUAAAGCAAUCGACACCACCGAGCUCCUCACCAAGUCGAAGGAUGACGCAGAGACCGAGCAGUUUGACAAGAACGUGAAGAAGUUGAUUGACAUGUGGAACAGCAAGUUCGAUCCCGAGGACUUCGAGCAGUAUUGCAAGGCAGAGAUCAGUGGAAGGCACUGGGAAGCCAUGACUCUUUGGUUCACAGCCAAGGCCAAGGAGAGAGAUUUCGGGAGCGAGAAGGGCUUUCUGAAGAAGGAGGCUGAUUUUCUGAAGCUGGCUGGCAUAGUCAGCAAGGCCGCUCAGGUUGAGAAGCCAUUGGAAGUGAAGUUUCCCGACCUCCAGCUUGCUAAGGACGCGCUUGUGACCCAAAUUCGCAGUACGCACUGUGGCAGCGAGGGUGGCUGGGAGGAUCUUCAGGGCGUCGUUACCGAGGUCAAGAAGUUGACUUGGAUUUCGGACAUGGAGCAAACCAUUAAAAAGGCCGAGCAAGACAUCGAGAGCAGCAAGGAGAACGAAGAGGUGAAGAAGAAAGUCUCAUUGAAACAGCGGGCAAACAUGCAGGAGCAGCACGUCAAGCUUCAAGCAGACAACGAAAAGCUGCAGAAAGAGAAGCAAAAGCUUCAAGAAGAGAACGAGAAGGUGAAGAAGCAGAACUCCCUAUUGAAGAAGGGCAACAUGCAGGAAAAUCACAUCAAACUGGCGGAGGACCACAAGAGUUCCCAGCCGAAGGCUACGAAGGACAUCAGACCUGUGCCUAUCAAGGGCAUAACUGAAGGCCGUUAG